GGAGGGCGGCAAAUGAAGCGAAAUUGGUUGAGAGUACUGUGUUUGGAAAGCUAAGCAGCAAAGAAGACAAAACCCUGCUUGGGUUUUCCAAAGUGCAUUUCAAGACAAUGGACAUGAACUGUUCGAUGAAAGGUUUGAGAGGACAACGGGCAUCACGGUGUUUAGAACAGUUCUAGAGGAUGACUGCGGAUGUAGGCAAAAUUGGAUCUUCAAAUUACAAAAACUCGAAGGGCACUAUGAAAAAGGGUCAGAGGACUCUUGAUGGUGGCAGGAGGCGCUUGAAAACGGGUGUGAAAGAUAAAAGGAGUCACAUGGAUCAAGAAGGGACCGAGGGAAUAUAUGGUGGGAAGAGAAAGUUGAGACCUUUGAGUUCUAAUAAAACGAGGAAGAGAAUCUAUGCUGACCAAGGAACAGGUGAGGAGAUAACAAGUAAUGGCAAUGGAGAGGGGUCUAACAGGAAGGCGCCAUUUUCAAGGAAGCGACAUAACAAGGUGAAAGAUGAUGAUGUCGUUGAAGCUAAAGGCAGGAGUGUAUCUCCUCGCUCGAUGUGGGCUUCCAGCAAGUUGGGGGUGGACAGUUCUGGGAGUAAACGUUCUUCUUAUAAAGCAAAGAAUGCCGUGAGAAGUGAACGAGUAUCUGGUGUAACUCGGGUAAAGGGGAUUGGUCAGAAGGAAUUUGUUGAUGUGGGUGGUGGAGAGACUGGUUUGUUAGAGAAACGUAGCAAGAGUAAGUUCGAAUUGAGUAAGGGCUUUGAAUCUGGUAAGAAAAAAUCUCAAGCUGUAUCUCUGUCAAGUCCUGGCAAGAAUAAGGUUCGAGACAAAAAAAGCCUUGGUGAAGAUUUGGAGGAUCUAGAUGAGAAGCCAAAGAAGAAAAAGCGGGUUAUUCGGAUAGAUCCAUAUGAUAUAUCGAAUAAGAGGCGAGAUGAUGGCAUUGCAGAUAAUGAUAUCAAGAAACAGGAGAAAAUAGAUUUGGAGGAAAAGGCUGAAAUGUCAAAGAAUGCGCAAUUUAGGGCAAUACAACCGAGUCCCUCAAUCCUAUCCUAUGUGGAAGAUAAUUUGUUGGGUCGUAGACGCUUGAUUGAGCUACGAAGGGCAGGCUACAACACUGAACUCUCUGCCCCGCUAGAUAAUAUUCCCUUCUCUACUAGCUCAGAACGAGAACGAAUUGAAGAAAAUAUAUUUAGGAACAAGUUGACCUUCUUUGCUGCUGCAAAGGUUUCAUCAUCAUUCCCCCCAUCUGACUUACCAGAGAUCGCAUUUGCAGGAAGGUCGAAUGUUGGGAAGUCAUCACUACUUAAUGCACUUACAAGACAAUGGGGUGUUGUGCGCACAUCUGACAAACCCGGCCUUACUCAGACUAUAAAUUUCUUCAAUCUCGGACCAAAGCUCAACUUGGUUGAUUUGCCUGGUUAUGGCUUUGCUUAUGCAAAAGAAGAAGUUAAAGAUGCUUGGGAGGAGCUUGUAAAGGAGUAUGUUUCCACAAGAGCUGGUUUAAAAAGGGUUUGUCUUCUUAUUGAUACAAAAUGGGGAAUGAAGCCUAGGGAUCAUGAACUCAUUGACUUAAUGGAAAGAGCUAAAACCAAAUACCAGAUUGUUUUGACCAAGACAGAUGUGGUUUUCCCAAUCGACGUGGCACGUCGUGCUAUGCAAAUUGAAGAGGGCCUCAAGGCACACAAGUCUGCUGUUCAACCAGUGGUAUGGAGAGAGCAUAUUUAUUUGAUUGGUAUGUGCAUCCAUUAUUCGAAGCACCUAAUUUCCUUGGCUUGGCUUUUAUUUCAGAUGAUGGUAAGCUCAAAAUCUGGAGCUGGUAUCCGAAGUUUAAGAACCGUGCUGGCGAAGAUCGCUCGUUUUGCCAAACUCUAAUCCUUGUCUCAAUCAGGGCGGGGCUUUCUGUUGAUGCAAUUGUUUGAGUAGAGAAGCUACAAAUUUACUUCCAAAGCACCAAAAAAGAAAAAGAAAAGAAAAUAAAUAAAUAAGGAAGAAGAUACAAAAUUAGUUUUAAGUGGGUGAGUGGCAGAGUUGUGGUCAUUUGCCACCGUUUUUCAUGCUAAUUUCUAGUUGAGAAAUCGGAAAUGUUAGAAAUAUUAAUAUUUUAUUUUGUUGGGUAGAAAAUUCUACAUAUAGAACUAUUUUAUGAGACUUUCUCCAGUAGACCGAUUUAUUAUUAG